AUGUCUAUCUAAAGUGACAUCCCAUUUGUUUAAAUGCAAACAAAAACUACUCAACCUGUUCUUCAUUCUACAAGAUCUACUAUUAAAAUGGAGAAAUAAUCAAAACCUUAAGUCCUUUAUAAAAAUUCAUCAGGAAAUUAAACAAUUAAGAAAAAAAUCAAACGUAAAAGACUAUUCACAGGAUCAAAGCGUACUGUUGCUUACCAAAGACGUCGAAUUCCGCUGUCUGAAACAUUUACUCUUAGUGAAGAUCGCUUAAUACUCUCCUCGGUUAUAAAAUUAGGACCUAAAUUCAAAGUCAUAUCCUCGUACUUUCCUAUGAAGUCAUUAAGCACUGUAAAAAAUCGUUACUAUAAAUAUUUGAGAUAUAGGUGGACUUAAAUUAUGGGAAAGUAAUAAUUUUAUCAAACUUAUAAGGGAUUUUGAGAGUCUAGUUAAAGAAAAUCAAUAAAUGAUAAAACAAGAUGAUGAAAUUGUAGACACAUCAGAACUAUUCCCAGAAGUAAAAGAUAUAUUGAAAAACAUGAUCAGAAAUAUCAAAUCUUUAGUUUAAUCAUGA